GAGAAUCCCCCAUCAGACUCCCUCCCUCGACAUGAUCGUUCUCAUUGCGCCUUCCUCCACCCGCGCGAUCAGCUUCGAGCCCAACACUGAUCGUCGAGUCUUCCCGGCCUCAGAACUUCGCGAGCAACAAUGACCGCAACCUCCGAACCCAACGACGAGUACAACCUCCAAGAGGCGUGGGAGCGCGUGUGCCACUCGUUCGCGCAGACCACCAAGGUCGAUCUGACGACCGCGCCGAAUUACACCAUCGAGGAAGCUGUGAUCGACAAGACGCUGGCAUUUGUGAAGGUUCUUGGGGGCAUUGUUGCGCAGGGCGCGAGCAUGGUGUUCGCGCCCAGUAGCCUCUGUUUCAAUGCUAUCGCCUACCUGAUCGACACCGGGGCAAAGUUCAAGCGCAUCUUCAGCAGCCUGGCUGAGCUGUUCCGGAAGGUCUGUGACGUGUUGGACCGCAUGCAGAUAUACAUGCGCCUACCGAGCGACCGUAAAGAUCCGAGUGUCAGAAGACCAACCAGAGAUCCCGACAGGGACAGUAUUGAAACAAGACAAAUUUUGGUCACUGAGACGGAAUCAAGAAGAGAGCCUCGACCAAAGCAGAUCCACAGCCUGGCAUUAAUCUUACUUACAUAUGGGCGAUACGACGAUGCUAUUGAGCGAUUGAAGCUGGCGUCAUCACUUAUGUCUGAGAACUGGGAAAUAGAAUGGGACCUGGCACAUACAUACGCGUUGAAGAAAGAUUAUGCGCGUGCCAUUCGGACUCUCGAGGCGACAACUGAAAGACUUGCUGCUGAAAGCAAUCAGGCGCCGGAGGGAUCCUCAGGCAAGAGAUGCUUAUUGUUUUUGAAGCAGGAUGUGGCCUCUUGGUAUGAGGCGGCUGGUCACGAAGACCAGGCCCUCACAAUGUACAAGGAUCUUCUCGACGAGCACCCGGGCGAGUUCGACCCGCUGAACAGGCUGUUCGCAAGUUUCCAUAAAAGAAACGACUAUGAAAGCGCCCUUCACUUUCUUCGUGUUUUGGAGGGCGCCGUCGACCCCACCACGGAGCUCGACCGACGCACAGCUGCAGUUCGCUCGUUGUGGCUUGACGACAAUUUGAAUAACGCACUGUUUGCUCUGGCAUCUAACACUGAUGUCCUUGAUGUUGUACUCGCCAGUUACAGGAUGGCUAUUGCUGCUGCUGAGGCGGAGUGUGAGGCCCAGCGAGAAGCACUGAGAAAUGGAGAAAUUGAAUCCCAAGACCCCUGGAUGGGCUAUGAAUGGGAGCGCGUCCUGGAUGUGUGUCCAGCGAAUGCCGCCGUCAAAGAUCUGUCCCUCAUUUGUAGUCGGACGGAAAGCCGACUCGCAUCGGCGUAUUAUACCGAGGUGCAGCAUAACCUGGACACCGGCGCAUCAUACAUGAUCAAGCUCGAAAAGUUGGCGCGAGUCGCAACUUGCGAGGACUUGACGGACGAGUUCAAGCGACAUGGCGCACAGCGGCUUGCACACUACCACGUCCUUCGGGGUAGCAUGGAAAGGGCCCAGGAUACGCUACGUCCAUUCCUCAAGGCCGACCUCGCUCUUCUCUCUGACAACGACCCACUCAAUGAUUGGGAAGGGUACAUUCGUCUUGCCGGCCACCUUCGAGUAGUUGGCAUGUGGGAUGCCACUGUCGCAGCUUGGUCCCUGGUUAGCCCGAAUCCCGACUACUCGGACAACCCCUGGAAAUCCCGGGGACCUAUGGAUAUCUUUUGCGAGGGGGGCUGUGGGGCCCACUGGACCUAUGCGGAUGACCUCUAUGUGUGCAAAACUUGCACAGGUGUUCAUUACGACAAAGCCUGCGCGGACGAACUGCGGGCGGGGACGCUUGCAGUGGAGAUCUGCAGCCAUGAUCACGAGUUGCUGCAUGUUCCGCCCUAUGAUCCCAUCGCCCAAGCGAGGAUCGGCGAAGGCAAUGUCCGCGUGGGCGGGGAGGUCCUCAGUGUCAAGGCAUGGCUUGAGCGGAUUAGACAGGAAUGGGGGCUAGAGUUGGGAGGCUAG